AGGGAGGAGCUCUGGUGAAGCGGAGAUCCAGUACACGAGCUCAUUCACUGGGCAGAUGGAGACACUGGAGUCUGCGCCUGCUUAUACCUUCUAACCGCGGGGGUCAGGCGCGCACCGGACAUCACCACUGCUGAAUCUCAAUUGCGCACUUUUAUUCCCAGUCGCUUGACUAUCAUUGAGUGUGAUCUUGACUGUCAGAGAUGCAGGCGCAACAUUUCUGAAAAAUAAACGAGUGGACGAUAAAUAAAUCAUCGCGCAAUGGACAGCUGAGGACAACUUGGACCUGGACUUUUUCCAUGCGGUCUUUUUGCGCGGUGGGUUAUUCCGUGCCAAGGAACCCUAUUGAGAAGUCCAGAGGGUCCGGGCGCGCUGUGUGUGCUGCGAAACUGCCUGGUUUUGUUUGAUUCAAAAAGCACAAAUAACUUGGUCAAGUGGACUAUACAUACACAGACUUCUCCGCUGCGUAAUUUGGAUACGAGACAAAAUGCUGACUGGGAUCGUUUUUAUUUGCUGUUUAUUUGCUGUUGUUUGUUCUGGAGACACCGAAUCGAGGGUAUCAUAUGGUGGAGCUUGUAAAUCGCUCUGUACCUGUGAAGACAAAGAUGGACUGUUAUACAUAAACUGUGAGGAGAAAAACAUAAGCAAAAUCUCUGAGGUGCAGGUGCCAGCAGAUAUACCUUUCCAUCUAAACCUGUACAAGAACGACCUAGUGGAGUUAAAUGCAGAGAAUAUGGAUGCUUUCCAGAACGCUGUCACCUUGCAUCUUGGUGCCAACAGCAUACAAGAGCUGGAACCCGGGGUCUUCAGUUCACUGGGGUCUCUGAGAAAGCUCCACAUCAAUAGCAAUUUCCUUGUCAUGUUGAAGGAGGACACAUUUCAUGGCUUAGUAAAUUUGGAAUACCUUCAGGCCGACACAAACUUCAUCCAGGUUGUGGAGCCUGGGGCAUUCAGCAAGCUCGUCCGACUUAAAGUUCUGAUACUUAAUGACAACUCCAUCAAGUUCCUUCCCGGCAACAUUUUCCGCUUCGUGCCUCUGACCCAUUUGGACCUGCGAGGGAACAAACUGCAGACGCUGCCCUACGUGGGUUUCCUGGAGCACAUUGGUCGGAUUAUGGAGCUCUUGCUGGAGGACAAUGCCUGGGUGUGCGAUUGUGAAAUCUUACAUUUAAAGGUCUGGAUCGAGAACAUGCGAGCACAGUCGUCCAUUGGCGAGGUGAUUUGCAGCAGCCCUGAUCUUCUAAAGGGAACCUCAUUGGCCAAGGUAAAGAAGGAUGUGCUUUGCCCCUCCCACAUUGGCAUCAACCUUGAGGAACCCUCAAAAUCACUAGACAUGGUUGUCACCCCAUCCACCAAGGUGGUUCAGAUCCCUAAAGCAAAAGAUGAUGCAAGGUUCCCCACACCUCCGAAUGGCCUAGGGACAUUUUGCGUGCCAUCAUGCUCCUGUCACAGUCACCCAAGCGCAGGUUAUUUAAUGCACUGCGAGGAUCGUGGCAUUCAAAGGAUAUCUGAUCUAGGGAUUCUCGAACAAAGCCCCACAAAACUUGUUUUAACAGGGAAUAUGAUUCAUAGACUUUUGAAAUAUGAUUUUGUGACGUAUGACAGUUUGGAAUUGCUCAAUUUAGCAAACAACCAAAUAGACUACAUAGACAAUGAGACUUUUCUAAGUUUGAGCAAUCUGAGAAAGCUGUACCUCAAUGGGAACAGAAUAGAGAGGAUUUCCUCGACAAUGUUUCUUGGACUUCAUAACCUGGAAUACUUGUAUUUGGAGUACAAUUUAAUCAGAGAGAUUGAAGCAGGAUCAUUUAACCCUUUGACAAAUCUGAAGCUUCUUUUCCUGAACAACAAUCUACUCAACGCUCUCCCUGCCCAGAUCUUUCGGAAUGUGCCCCUGUUGAAAUUGAACCUACGUAAAAAUGUUUUCAUGCACCUGCCAGUCAGCAAUGUGUUGGAGCAGCUCAAUUAUUUGGAGCAGAUUUACCUCGAGGACAACCCCUGGGAUUGCAGUUGUGACUUAGUCAGCCUCAAACAGUGGGUGGAAAAGCUGAGCAAGGACACUGUGGUGGGUUCCAUCUUAUGCCACACUCCUAGAAAGCUUUCUAGUGCCGAGGUCAGAAACAUCAAGCACGAUGUUCUCUGUCCUGGUUUGGUCACUUAUAAUUCCCUUCCCGGCAUGGACAAUGGUGUCCCAGUCACAGCCGCACCAGAAAGUGGAACCAGCAGUUUCUUUCGGUCUCUGACCGAUGCGGUGCCACUGUCUGUGCUCAUCCUUUGUCUUCUCAUGCUUCUCCUGAUCGUCAUCUUCUGUUCUGCUGGGAUUGUAGUGUUUGUGCUGCAUCGUCGGCGAAGGCAGGCCAAGAAGAAACAGGCCGAGGAACAGCCCCGCGAGACCAGUCCCAUCCACCUGCAUUACAGCAUGUAUGGCCAGAAGACCACCCACCACGUGACUGAAAGGCAAGAAUCCAGCAUGUAUGACGAACCUGCCCGUAGCCCAAUUGUUCAGGUCUGCAGGAACCCUAAUUACUGCUCUCAGCACAAAGAGUAUGAGCAAGAGGAGUACGAUGCAGAGAAAUCCAAGCAUAUUUGCCAUAGCAUCCUCGACAAAGAAAGCGAUUCGCUCCUCACGGGACCCAACAUAAAGUUCAGGGCCGUUACAGAUUACCCCGAUUUCGUGGGCUUGGGAGAUGCCAGCUCCUUGUACAAGAAUAUCUUGGAAAGGGAACGAGAGCUCCAGCAGCUCAGCCUCACAGAAUAUCUCAGGAAAAAUAUACCGCAUCUUCAACCCACUGUGGACAUGCAAGUCCCUAACCAUCACAAAGAGCUUAAACUAAUGGAGCAGCUGGUUUACACAAGGCCGCGAAAAGUCAUGGUGGAACAGACUAAAAAUGAGUACUUUGAACUCAAAGCCAACUUACAUGCAGAACCAGACUAUUUAGAAGUCUUAGAGCAUCAAACGACUUUCAACUGAGUACACUGUAAACAUACACGAGUUGACACAUGAUACUGCAAGUGCCUUCACAGUUCAUUCUUAGCCUGAAAGAAAAAUAAUGCAACAAUAUUGGAGGUGAUUUGUACAAUACAUUCAUGUAAGGUGGACAAAUAGCGUUUAUCCUGUUGGACAUGGCAAAAGAUGGAUUACAUUGAUGCAUUGAAAAACAAUUCAGAAUUGACUGGGGUAAUAUUUUUAUCUUUGGAUGGUGUUGGCUUUGCUCGUGUUCAUGAUAACAGAACAUUUGUUGUGCAAUGAACUUACUGCAUUUUUUUGUUUGUUUGUUUGUUUGUUUCAUACCUGAUAGAAAAGAUUAUCAUAGAUGCACUUCACAUUUCUAUAUGUCUUUAUGGGACAGAUCUGUUAAGCUAUGUUUACUUGUAGCAAUGUAAGACAGCGUUUUUUCUUUUUUUCUGUUAGAACUAAUAAUAACAUUCCCUGAUUUGUUAGGUUUUGAUGUUGAUAUGCCCAACACAGUUUUUCGCUUAUUAAAUGCUAAAACGUCUGCAACAGCUAGCAGCCAUUCAGAUGGGUAAUGUUUCGACCCUGAGGUCGGACUUUACGAGCGGCCGCUGUGGCCCGUUUAUUGUGCCUGAAAUCGGACUCUCACCUGGGUUUUUGUUCGAAAAUGAGAUCAUACAAAGCCGUUUGCUCAUUAGCGCCUCUGGCUCUGAUAUGAGCAGAAACUCUGUUGGGCAUCCUGUUGGGAAAUGGAAAAGAAUUGCACUACUUAAAAUACCAUUUAAAGGUGGUUGAUGACAAUCAGUUGUUGUGAGGCAGCACAGACUUUACAAUUUUUCUCUCAAAUACCCACGUAGUGUAGCUUCUGGUUCGUAUAAAAAUGUUGUUUAAAGGUUCCUUUCCAAUACGCAAAUAAUUUCCAACUCUUUCUUUCGGCAUGACAGUUACGCAGGGUGUUUUAUCUUCAUUUUCCGACAGGACUUGAGAGACGAAAAUAUA